AGAGACAGUGGACUGGAACACAGUGUAAUCUAUGUCAUCUCAGUGUAGCUUGUAAACUGGUCUGGAGUGUCGUACAAGUGGGAUAUAUACAUACAGUUUUUACCAGUAGUGUUUGAUUGAAUUGGAUUCGAAAUGAGUACCGAAGAGCCGCAAGUUCUUGACACCAUUGGGGAAGAUACAACUGACAAGACAAACGGUGUAGACGAGAAUAACGAGGUUCCUAUUCAGACGGAUACCAAAGUCGAGACUACAAUUCCAAAGGACGAUUAUGUGAACCCCACGGAAGAGGAAGCUCCAGCCGGUGACAAUGCUAAGGACGAUAGUGAGAGUGAGAUGGCUAAGGAAAUAGUUGCCGCUGUCGAGGCGGCUAAUGCCAGCAGAGAAGAGGCCGAAAAUAGAGAGAGUGCGUCAGCCGAGGCAGAAGAGGCCAGUGAAAAUACCACAGUGAACGGGGAAACAAAGAAGACCGAGGAAGCCUCCGAGAAUGAAGGAGAAAGUACUCAGGCGGAGACAGAAGUGGUCAGUGAAAAUACCACAGUGAAUGAUGAAACAAAGGAACCCGAAGCAGACGCUAACGAACUUGAAGAAGUCCCUACAACAGAGUCGGAAAAAGAGGCGGACGACAGCACUAUUGAAAAAGAAGAAAACCGGGAGGAUGUCGAGUCUAAAAUCGAAAUUACGGAAAGUGAAGUGAAGACUGACGUCGCCGAGACACAGGAAGCAACACUGGGAGAGACAACGGUAACUCAAUCGACGAUGGUUGUCGAAACUGUGAUUACCUCUCAAAAGAUAGUAUACGAGCAAUGCGAAAACACAGAUCCAGUGGAGGAAGCAGUGCCCGGGACAAUGGAAUCCAUCACUAAUGAAGAUGGGAAGGAAGAUGAAAAAACUACGGAAGAAAAACCCGACGAAACGGAAAACAAAGAGCAGCAACCCCAAGUUAAUGGAGAAGAGAAAAAAGACGAGGUUGUUGUGGAACCAGAGAAAACAGAAGACGAUGUGCCAUCGGAGGAAAAAUCAAAUGUCGACGUUAUCACUGAAGAGGCAGAAGGAGAGAAAAAGACGCCGAAGACUGGAAACGAUAGCACACCGGAAUGUAAAGGUCCGAAAACAGAAGCAUCGCAAACAGACAUUAUAACAGAGGAAAACAUAGAAGUAACACCUGAAGACAUAGAAACCUUGAAGAACAACCUCAAGGUGAAAAAUUUAAAUAUUCGUUCCUAUAGCAACCAGAAAGCUCACCGCACUGAUGAGUACGAUGUCCCCAAUGUGUUGCUUCGCCGUGGUCAGUUAUUUGAGAUAGUUGUUGCAUUUGAACAACAAGUCAAGUUGAACGAACAUGAAAUACACGUGGUUAUCUCUUUGGGUGAAUCUCCAAAGGUCACUGACGACACCAAGAUCAGCGUACCGAUAGGAAAAACCGCUAAACACUGGAAAGUGGAUUUACUGUCUAUAAAAGACGAUGAAGUAUCAUUGCGAAUCCACUCACCGGCCGACGCACCUGUGGGCAAGCUGAACAUUGGACUGAGUGCUAUGUUAAAACCAAUCCAAGAUCCAAUGUAUUGGAGAUAUGUAGACCUAUUUACGCACGAUGAACAUCUAUAUCUUCUAUUUAAUCCAUGGUGUAAAGAUGAUACCGUUUACAUCGAAGGCGAAGAAGCUAGACAGGAAUAUAUCUUGAAUGAUGCUGGCGUUUUGUAUGAAGGUUCCCAUGGAAAUCCCAAGCCACGCCCAUGGAAUUUUGGACAGUUCGAUACAUUCGUAACUCUGGCUGCAUUUCAUCUAUUGGAGAAGGGACUUCCCAUCAAUGCUCGUUCUAGUGCAGUUAAAGUGGCUAGAGUCAUGUCUGCCAUGGUCAACUCCCAUGACAAUGCUGGCGUUCUUAUCGGUAAUUGGUCGGGUGAAUACGGAAAUGGCAAAGCUCCCUCAGAGUGGGCUGGUAGUGUUGAGGUGCUUUCGCAGUAUAUGACAACCGGUGAACCGGUGGGAUAUGCUCAAUGCUGGGUCUUUUCCGGCGUACUCACUUCAGUUUUACGAUGCCUGGGCAUUCCUACACGAAGUGUUACUGUAUAUAGUUCAGCUCAAGACACCGAUGGUAGUAUGACAGUAGAUGUUCACUGGAACCAAAGAUAUGAACCAUUUGCUGAGUAUAACACUGAUAAUGUCUGGGUGUUCCAUGUUUUCAACGAAUGUUACAUGGCUCGCCCAGAUAUUCACAAGGGAAAGAAAUACCGGGGGUGGCAAGUGAUUGAUGGAACACCUGCUCAGCGUAGUGAUGGUCUUUACCAGACUGGACCAUCGCCGAUAUCAGCCAUCAAACGUGGCAAUGUACCAGCGAAGUUUGACACUGAAUACGCUUUUGCCAUGGUCAAUGCAGAUCGAGUUCAUUGGAUGAUACAGGAAUCGGAUGGAAACGUCUUCUCCAAACGUAUACUGCACAAGGAAACAAGUAGCAUUGGUAAAAAGAUCGUAACUAAAAGCAUAGGAAGCGAUAAUAUGGAUAAUAUCACUCAGCUUUAUAAAUACCACGAAGGAUCAAAAGAAGAACGCCGUGCUGUCAAUACCGCAUGUUCACACGGCACCGUCCACAAAAAAUACUUUGAAACGUUGAAACCUAAAGACUUCGACAUGAAAGUGCAAAUCGACGAGAAUGUCAAACUUGGCGCGGAUGUCAACAUGAAAGUGGUGUUCCACAAUAAAACAGACUCGGAACAAAAGAUUGAGUUGUUUAUUGAAUGUUACGGUACCCAGUACACUGGCUCAUUGAAAGGCAUCUGUAGAAAAGAAAAAUUCGAAGUCACAGUUCCUCCGGGACACAAAGCUAAAGGCAAGGGUGGAAUGGCGGGACAUAAAGAGAGGCUGGUAUCUGGUAUGGUCAAUGCAGUGGGCAGUCUAAGACGAUCAUCAACACCAGUUUCUGCCGAGUCAAGUGGGGUUGCAGAUGUUGCUAUGACAUUGUAUUAUGAAGACUACAAGACUUUCAUUCAAGACCACACUGCAUUGAAAUUUUUCAUAAUAGCUGUGAGAAAAGAUCAUCAUCGUCAUGAAAUAGCAUUACAGGACGAACUGAUUCUUUCAACUCCAUCACUCAAAAUGACGGUAUCUGAUCCAUCCAAACUGAAAAGAGAUGAAGAUUUCACAGUUGACAUUUCUUUCACUAAUCCAUUACCAGUGACUCUCACUAAUGUCAGAUUCAACUUGGAAGGAUUGAGGUUUCAGCAAGCCAAGACUAUCCAAUAUGGGGAUAUUGCACCCGAGGCAGACGUCCAUGUCAACUUUAAUCUCACACCAAAACUUGCUGGAAAGAAGAUACUUGUAGCAACCCUACACUCAAAUCAACUGCAAGGGGUGAAUGGUGCCUUGCAAGUGGAAAUCAGACUUUAGUUAUCUAAAACUACCUCAGUUUUCAUUUUAAUAAGGAAUGUUUGUAUAAGUGGUUCCAAGUGGUUCAUAUCGCACUGACAAGUGCUGAACGUGUGAGAGAUGAGGAACGGCUGGGAUAUACAAAACAAUAGUUCUAGAAAGAUGAAUAUACAAUCCUUUCUGGCAGCUGAUUUAUGCAUGCGUCAUCAACUUUGUUAUCAUCUUUAAACCUUUCUUGAGUGAUGUGAAAUGAAGGUGAUAUGUGUAGUUAAUUCACCACAGUUUUACAAAGAUGUUCAUUCAAAAACUACCAGGGAUAACAAACAUUACCAACAAGGGGUAUAUCCCUUGCAAUAUUUAUGAAAAUAUUAAAUUUAAAAAAAGUCAUUUAUAAAAUCCUUACUUAAAAAAAAGAUACCAAAUAUUAUUAUUGAUAAUACAUUUAAUGAUAUUUAGGCUUAAAAGAAACACUGGUGCUCACAUUACAAAGUGUAAUAUUUUUAGUUCUGAAAUAUGAAAUCCUGCAUUGUGCGGGAAACACUAUGAACAAAUAUAACUGGGAAAUUACUGGAAUGUAAAGAAAUACAAGUGUAGGGUAUAUAAAGUGCAUAUCUUCAGUAGACGAGUUUUUUAUUUAAACUAUAAUUAAUUGUAAAGAAAAAAAUGUGUUCCCAGAUUGUAGUGAGGUAUUUAAAUUGAAUGUCAGUUUUGCGAAAUUGUUAUGGAACGUCAUUUUUCAAUGUUUAACCAGUCAUUUGUCUAGGAGGGUUAUAUCGUUGUCUAGGUGUGACAAUACUGAUAUUUUGUGACCUGUUACUCAGACUUAUUUAUCUGCUCUUGUACAAUCAAGGAACCUAACAUUAAGUUUAACAUAAGUAAUAAAUACCAGUACCUAUUGUUAAAUAUGUAUUUAAUAGCUGCCAAUUGUAUAUGCAGUGACCUCUUAUUUUUAUUUAGAAAUUUAGAUUUAAUACUGCCAUAUUUUUUUUCGUUAAUAAAACAUAAUCUUUCUAAAAU